UUAGACUUAAUUAUGGAACGUUGGCAAAAUAAAGUCGCUGUUAUAACGGGAGCUAGUUCGGGCAUUGGAGUUGCCAUUGCUAAGGAUUUCGUUAUGGCUGGACUGCAAGUCAUUGGUCUGGCAAGACGCAAGGAGUUAAUGGAAAAACUUCACAAUGAUUUACCAGAAGAUAAACGUUCACAAUUUACUCCCAUGUACUGUGACAUCAGCAGUAGGGAGAGUAUAAAUGAAGUUUUCGCAAAUAUUUUAAGUCAGUUUGGAGCUAUUGAUGUUUUGGUGAACAAUGCCGGUUGUAUGAAACUGGGACAAUUGUCCUCGAUGAAAAUGGAUGAUGUAGAAAAGGUUUUACAUACCAACGUAUUGGGGCUGGUGGCCUGUACCCAAUUCGCCUUUAAAUCAAUGAAAGAACGUAAUUUUAAUGGUCAUAUUAUAAAUGUAAAUAGUAUCGCUGGCCAUUCGGUUCUGUUGGGAAUUCCAAAUCAAACACCGGCAUUUAAUAUUUAUUCACCGACCAAAUAUGCUAUAACGGCAAUUAAUGAAAUAUAUCGUACGGAAUUUCGAGAUUUGAAAACGCAAAUUAAAAUAUCGAGCAUUAGUCCCGGCUUUGUUGACACCGAAAUUAUCUAUGAUGACUUACGUAAGGUGCUUGGUGAAUGUCUACUCAAACCCGAAGAUGUUUCAAAUGCCGUAAUGUUUACACUUUCAACACCGCCUCAUGUACAAGUUCAUGAUAUGAUUAUUAAGCCGGUUGGUGAAAUCGUGUAA